UUUCAAUUUUUAAAUAAAUUAAAACGAUAACAAUGUCAUCGUCAGCGACAGCCGCCGCCGACUCCUGUCCGGCGGGCAGUGGUCUGGACUGUACUAAUGCCAGCCGCGGCGUAUGGUUAGUAAAAGUACCGAAAUAUAUGGACAAUCGGUGGCAAAAAGCGCAGCCGAUGAGCGAAUUGGGUCGUCUGAAGAUCAAUAAAGGUUCAAAUGGCAAACCGGAAAUCCUAUUCAAUUUAUCGGUCGAGUUGACCAAAACAACUGAUACAAAAUCAACCGAUGCUCUCGAGUUGGCCGCCAUUCCCAUUGAACAUCAGUUUUCCAUAUCAGACAUCCAAAGACAAACUUUGGCCGUAUUUUCGCAAAGCAAUGAUGACUCGUCCGUUGGAUUGGCACUCGAAGGACAUGUUGUCCAGAAAGGCGAAUACCGGCCAAUAAGUAACGACAGGUACAUGAAUCUGAAGAUGUGUGCCAUCAAACAGGCCUCGCAGCCGACCCGUACAGUAAAACAGUUGGAGAAAGCGGUUACCAAUUUCAAGCCCAUCUCGCAGCACAAGACAGAUGUGGAGUUCGAACUGAAGAAGAAAGCCGAAGGCAAAAAGUCACGCGAAGACAAAGACAAAGUUAUGGAUGUAUUGUUCAGGGCUUUCGAGAAACACCAGUACUAUAAUAUCAAAGACUUGGAAAAGAUUACUCGACAACCAGUUCCAUAUCUGAAAGAAAUCCUAAAAGAGAUGUGUGUUUACAAUCCGAAGAAUCCGCACAAAAAUAUGUGGGAAUUAAAGCCAGAGUACAGACAUUAUAAUCAAAGCCAACAGUCGAAGAGUUGAAACAAUUUUUUUGUUGUUUUGUUUGAAAAACUAAUUUUUUUUUUGAAAAAAAACAAAGAUUUGUAUUAUAAGUUAUUUUGACCGAAACUUUUACC